CCAAAAAGGGUCUUAAUGUAAAGUACCUAAACAAUUUGGGGUCGACCUUGAAUUAGCGAGAAUUAACCAUACCAGGAGAGGGAUCCAAUUCAAUCAGCUUUACUCGACGAAGGUGAGAGGCGUCGCCGGCAGUACGGUAGGUUGCACCACGCUGAUGAUUUUUUCCGGCGGCGGAACGGCCGGUAUCCUUGGUUUCAUUUGCGUCUGUCCUUGUAUGUCAAACUGAGAUAAAGAAGCAGAGAGGCACAUAUCUUUUCGAUCUCUCCGCACAGUGAGUGAGGAUGAUUGGAGUUGGCAAAAUUAAACAAUACACUAACGUUCUCGAUAAACCCCUCAGCAAGGGGAAACAAGAGGUCAGCUUGAGCGCAUUUGCGUUCUUGUUCUCAGAGCUAGUUCAAUACAACCAGACUCAGGUUGAUAACAUAGCCGAAUUGGAGAGGAGGCUUGAGGAUGCAGGUUAUGCUGUUGGGGCGCGAGUUUUGGAACUUCUCUGCCAUCGAGAAAAGGGUAAUAGAAGGGAGACACGUUUAAUUGGUAUUUUAUCCUUCGUGCACAGCACUGUAUGGAAGGUCUUGUUUGGAAAGAUUGCCGACUCUCUUGAGAAGGGAACUGAACAUGAAGAUGAAUAUAUGAUCAGUGAAAAGGAACUUCUUGUGAACAGAUUUAUUUCGAUUCCUAAGGAUAUGGGUGCCUUCAAUUGUGGAGCUUUUGCUGCAGGGAUCGUAAGGGGUGUACUUGACAACGCCGGGUUCCCAGCAGUAGUAACGGCUCAUUUUGUCCCAGUAGAAGGGCAGCAGCGACCUCGAACUACCAUUUUGAUUAAGUUUUCCGAAGAGGUUCUACGAAGAGAGGCAAGGCUAGGAUGAUGCUUGCUUUGCACCUUCUUAUGGGUACUUGAUAAUCUACAUCAAUGAGUGUGGGUAACUUAGGAAAACAGCUGAAUCAGUCAAUGAUAAUUUGAAUCCCGGAUCUUUAUUGGCAAUUGUGUCUUGGUCCACAAUUUGCUACUACAUACUCCAUUUUGCUGAAGUUACAAACCUAACAUUAUGUAUUCAUUUUUUUAAAGAGGGUAGUUGAACUGGAGAAGAAAGAAUACAUGAUUGGGAAUGCUUUGCUUGAUUUCAUCCCAAGUCUCAUGCUUGAUAUUAAAUGUUUUGGAGCUGUUAUUUUUUCAAUUUAUUUUAGCACAGAAGCACGGGGG